AUGACAAAGGGCAGCGGCGAGGACGAAAAGGAAAACCCUCAGCCGGCGAAGGACGAAAAGGCACUUUAUCACGGUCUACCUGACGUUAUUCGAAUAUCAUUCGAGGAAGCAGUUAAAGACAUCAAGUUAGACGGGUGGGAGGACGAGUGGUUCUCUUCAGGUCAUUUUAAUGUCGAUAAGCAUGGCCCGCUAGCCGAGCCGAAGAUCGACUUCGUCUAUAAUUGGGUUAACGGCACCGAGGAUGCUUUUAAAGAUAUUCGACAUACUUAUGAAUUAGAGUCACCCCUCAAUGAUCGGGAAGGGAAGUGGAUUUCGCAACACAGCAUCAACCGAUAUCGUGACUGGGACGAGUUGAAAUAUUCCCUCCGCAGUCUUGACGUAUACGCUAAGGGGUUCGUCAACAAGAUUCAACUCCUAGUGAAUUCAGUCACCAAUGGCUCUUACGACAAGGAUGGCAAGAAUAUGCGUCCUCAGCGGCCGAUAUGGCUUAAAAACGACCUGAACACCAAUGAACAUGUUCAGGUUCUUAGUCACGAAUCCUUCUUCCGAGAACAGGAAAAGGAAUGCUUACCUACCUUCAACUCACUUUCCAUCGAGUCACAAAUAUACAUGACUCCGUCUACGACUGACCAACUUGUGGCAUUAUCGGAUGAUAUGUUCCUGGGUAUGCCUCACGCCGCUUCCGAUUUCUACUCGCCCUUAUUCGGGCACACAAUGGGCUUUAAGCCCGAUCAUUACAACGUUAAGCAGCUUGGCGGCAAAGACCAAAUACCUUCGUUUGGGGAGAAACCAUUUGUUUACUAUACGUCAUACCUCCUCAACCACCGGUUCGGCGAACGCAACCGUCACGUUCAAGCUCACUUUACCCACUCCGUCUCCCGCCAAGUAAUGGAGGAAGCCAUGUCUUCCUUCCCGCAGCCGUCUGCCAAGGGCGCCUGUGAGCGAUUCCGCGGGGAGUCCAAAUUUCAAAUCUACCCGUGGUUCGCUAGCUUUCAUUACACCAUCGAGAGAUUCCGGGAGGCCUUACUCUGGUCCUUCAUUAUGUCCCGGUCCGACAAGAACACGGACGGGUAUCUCGAUUGGACGGAACGCCAGCACGUUCUAGAAGCCAUGGAGCCAGGCUGGCGACAAUUAGCCAGCAAAGACGCAUCUAAGCCAGCAGCGCAAAGCCCGGAUCGGGACCGGAUGUACUACAAACUCCCCCAGAUUCUCCAAAGAGCGGGCCUACAACCACCCCAAGCAAACAUAAACAUACUAUGGACAUCGCUCGAUGGACCCGAGACGAUCCGCAAUAUCAAAUGCAACGACUUCAGCGUAGACAAGUGCUUCGGCGACUCCUUCGGAUCACCUCUAUCUGAUUCCACAACAAGAAACCCCGAUUUCACCGCCUCUAACAUAUUCUCGCGCCUCUCAUACCAGCACCCGCAAUGUGGUGACUGUUUAAUAAAAUUCCUCCUCGCCUCCACGCCACGAGGACUAGAGCCGCUCCUCCCACCCAAGAGCGCCAAGCCGCACGACCGCGAGGUAAUCGUCAAAGCGCUGCGGAAAUACCAGCACACUAUCGUUGAUACGGACGCGAUGAAAUUCGUCAUGGUGAAGGAUGCCGAGCAAGCGGAGACGGAGUUGCUAGAGCGCACGAUACGGCGGGGUAAAGUUUUCGGACAGUGGUGUCUAAACGACGACGUGAUGACGGAGAGCGCGCAGGAAGUCGGUCGCGUGCGCGACGUCAUGGCGCAGGUCUUCGAGGACCUGUGGCCUAGUCGGGGGCGCUGGGAGAAGGAUGAUGGAGAGGUGGAUGUGGAUGUAGACGAGAAGCUAUUAGAGAACGACGAGGUGGUGGUGGAGGAGCCGUAG